CGGGGCCAAAGCGCGGCUGGCGUGGAGGGAAGCGGAAACACUCCAGUCCACUCCCCACUUGCCAGAGCGGCACCUGCGAACUAAGUGGUCUGCUGCGACGCAAGCCACCGUCUCUUUCCCGAGGGUUGGGUCCCCUUACUUCGGCGCUUACAGUUCGACUCUCCGCGGCGCAAAGCCCGCCCACUGCACACCCUGAACCCCCAUUUCCGCUCUCGCCUCCCACUGAACAAAAUGGCUGAGGAGUCGGAGGCAGUGCUGCAGCUCCCUCCCUCAGGAGCGGCUGACAGCGAAGGACCUGCGGACGUCUCCCCAGGAACAGCCACUCCGGAGCCCCCUUCUUCCGCUGCAGUCUCCCCUGGUACAGAGGAACCUGCCGGCGACACCAAGAAAAAAAUUGACAUCCUACUAAAGGCUGUAGGAGACACCCCUAUAAUGAAAACAAAGAAGUGGGCUGUAGAGCGAACCCGAACCAUCCAAGGACUUAUUGACUUCAUCAAAAAGUUCCUUAAACUUGUGGCUUCAGAACAGUUGUUUAUUUAUGUGAAUCAGUCCUUUGCCCCUUCCCCUGACCAGGAAGUUGGAACCCUCUAUGAGUGUUUUGGCAGUGAUGGUAAACUGGUCCUACACUACUGCAAAUCUCAGGCAUGGGGAUGAACUACAGAAAAGAUCUUCAUAACUAAAAUGAAUCUUCACAAAGGAAACAGCUCUGAAAAGUUGGACACUUUUGGCAAGAUACUUGUGAAUAUGAUCUACUGAGCAUGUUAUCUGCUAUGACCCAUGUUUAUGCAUGUUAUCCAUAGAGUAGAUAGACUCACAAUGCAAAUGUAAUUUGCAUUACAGAAAUCAUGAUAAAAGAUUGACAUGAGAGUAUACCCAGCACUACAACUAUUGCUCCAUAUAUGCCUCCGUGAUAAUUGAUAAGGAGACUAAGAUUGUAAAAGCCUCUUUGUCACCAGUUCUUAAAAUUGUUUACUUGUAGAAUUAACACUCUGCUGAUUGUUUUUCCACUGUAAAAGUCAGUUUUGUUUACUAAAGGAUUCUUUUUGUGCUUACUCUGGGAAGCUCAGUUUGUUCAAUGUAUGGGAUAUGCCUGUUCUCAUUUAUAUUUAUACCUAUACAGUAUUAUGAAACAAAAUCUUACUGUCCUGCUGAUUUUAUACCUUACAUGAUCCAGUAGAGGGCAGCCCAGCUGGCAGAAAGAAGCAGUUUGGUUUUACAUCUUUGCCAGAUGAUAAUGGAGGAAAAAAACUGUUCCUGCUCAUUUCUAGCAAACAUCUAGACAAGACAACGUAUAUAUUGACACACUGGAAGACUGUUUUAAAGAAUAUGCAUCAUUUAGAUUUAAUUAUUUUGUUCGGAAACAGGAAUUUUACAAAUUUUGGACAAAUUUCAGUCCAGUCAUUUGAUGAUUCUUGAAUCCCGAUGGUUAUAGCUGUAGUGAUAUUCUGUCUCUUAUUCUUAGUGUCAGAAGUGCUCAUGUGAAGGUGACAGCAUUCUUGAAUUUUUUUAUAAUGAAUUUUUUCAAUUUGAAAAUGCUCAGAAUAACUGGAAAAAACCUAGUUUUUAUGUGUAUUUCAUGGCAUAACUAAAAGUACCUUUUUUCUAAUGCUGUUAGACUGGUUAUUGCUUGAAGUAAGAUUUAACACUUUUCUCUAUUCUGUACUAAAUUUGUAAUGCAGUAUUUAAAAAGUAUUUCACUGAUGUGUGGAACCUGAAAAACUAAAAAAAUUAGCAAAAAAAACAGACUCAUAGAUACAGAAUAACUGAUAGUUGCCAGAGGGUGGGGUGGCAAGGGUAUGGCCAGAGAUGGUGAAGGGGAGUAAGAGGUACAAACUUAGAGAUAAGUCACGGGGGUGUAAAGUACAGCAUAGGGAAUGCAGUCAACAAUGUCACAAUAACUUUAUCUGGUGACACAUGGAUAGUGCACUUCUGUGAUCACUUUUGUAGGGUGUGAAAACUCACUAUGUGAUACACCUGAAACUAAUAUAAUAUUGUAUGUCAACUAUAAUUAAAAACAGCUGUACAUUCCAGAAUAAAAAUUAGACAUGAAGCCAAAAAAAAGUAUUUCAGUAAAUUGAAUGGAACAUCCAAACAGGUCUAAAGUAUGUGCAAGAAUCCUAAGUGUUUAUUUUCAAAGUCAAUGGGCAUGGUAUGGUUUUGUCAAAGAACUUUGAACUAUGCUUAUGUCCCUUAAAUCCUAGAAUGUACUUUAUGGUUAAUGAUCUGCCAUAUACUAGCAUUAAAGGAUACUAAGGAA